UGAGAAACCCAGUCCUCCACGCAUUUAGCAAGAUAUCUUCACCUGAUUUACACACAAAAGCCCACAACCUACGCACACAGCUUCUCUCACAAACAACAUAUUAAUUUGCUCAUUUCCUCUCAUCUUCCCAAAUCCUCCGUCAUCGCAAAUCCCACCAUGCCUUCCUCCUCCUCUAAGCGGUUUCUCGAAGAAAGUGAUGAUGAUGAAAACGGACCAUGGCCACACCUUAAUUUAUCCCCUCAUAGAAAAGUAAGUAACGAUUUCAAUAGCAAGAUCAUGCUCGUGGCCAUCGUUUCAUUAUCGGUGGUGAUCUUGUUGGUUAUUGCCUUGCACAUAUAUGCGAGGUGUGUGCUACGCCGCCAGGCACGUCGCCGAGCAGCCAUCCGUCAACUGGGGUUAACCGUCGCUCAUGCCCGCUCCAGCCAGCAACCCAAGCCCGGACUCGAUGCAACUGUCAUCGCUUCGUUGCCCGUGUUUGUUUUCAAGCAAAGGGAUGACAGAGAUCAUCAUCAUGACCAGGAUGAUGAGUCGGCGACGGAGUGCGCGGUGUGUUUAAGCAGGUUAGCGAAUGAGGAAAUGGCUAGGUUGCUACCAAACUGCAAGCACAUUUUCCAUGCGGAAUGCAUAGAUAAGUGGUUGGGUUCACACUCGACGUGUCCCAUUUGUCGAACCGAGGCCCAGCCCCUGGUUCAGCCCGUGUCUCGCGAGGGUCCGGCAGGUCUAGCCGGAGGCAUUACCGCACCCACGGAUCCACGUUUGGGCAGUCUGCAGAAUCCUGGAGUUUCAUACAUGGAAGAAGGAACAUCUGAUGGUUGCAGCCAAUCAACAGAAAAGGCUAGCGGUUCAACCUCACGAUUAAACUCAUUCAAAAGGAUUCUUAGUAGGGAAAGAUCGUCCAGAAUAAUUCAUUCUUGCAGCGGUGAAGACGACGCCAUAGAAGAUUUAGAGAGACAGUAAGUAAUUAAUUUUCAGGUAAUAAGACGGUACUGGUUUUACUUCUUAUUUUCCUUGGAAAAAUACAUGAUUUUCCAUUUCCAUUAGAGAUCAAUAUGAGUGAGUAUAAGGUAUACGUCAUCAGAUAGAUAUACAAUUGGUUCUAACCGAAUAUAUAGAUCUGGAGCCAAUGAUACAUACAUACAUACAUAUAUAUAUAUAUAUAUAUAUUUAUAUAUUCAGCAAAAGUGUACGCGUACGUUGUCAGACUUUUUUGAAUCUCUAUAUACUUCUGCAUAGAUUGAGGGGAGUGAAAAAAUAAAAAAAAAUAAAAGGUCAGAGACUUGUUAUUAUAGACAAUAUUGU